CUGCCUGAUACACAACCUCCACCAAACAAAACUUUUCAAACUCUUUCCACAAAUUUUCACCUCAAAUUUAAAAAAAAAUCAUGACGGAUACCAAAGAUACCAAAUCAGAAACUCCAUGGUGGAAAGCAUUUCCAGAAGCAAGAGCAAAAUGUCCGGAAAUCACAGCAGAUGAUAUGAUGAAGUUGUUUGAUGAUAUGGAUAUUACAUCUGAGCCGAGGAGUUUCUUGUUGGUGGAUGUUAGGAGGGAUGAUUGGAUGGUAUGCUAUUUCUUGCUUUUUUUGGUUUUUGUAUUCGUUUCUUUUGCUUUGAUGUGUAUGUAUAUGAGUGGGAAUGCGGGAAUGUGUGAUGUGGUGAUAUGGGAAUCAUUCCCUUUGAGGUUGAUUUGUUUCUGAUAGCUAUGUGUAAUCCAAUCCAUAGGGCGGAACAAUCAGAACCUCACUUAAUCUUCCCGCGCAAAGUUUCUAUCAAACCCGGAAGACGCUCUUUGAGCUCUGUAAUAGAGCGGCUAUGACAAAGGUUAUUUUCUAUUGUGGUAUGUAUUUCUGUGCGUUCUAGUUUUGGGAAAUGAGAUGGGUGUUGAUGAGGUGUAGGGUCGUCGUCAGGUAGAGGUCCAAGAUGUGCUGGUUGGAUGCAGGACUAUAUUGAUGAUGUAGCGAAGUUUGGGAAGAAGAGUAAUAUUGAAGUUCUGGUCUUGAAAGGUGGAAUAAAGGGUUGGGUGAAGGAGUUUGAGGGGAUGUUUAUGGAUGGGUUUGAGGAGGGGAAGUGGGAGGAGGCUAAGUAAAAGAGGAUGGGUUAUCAUGUCCAGUCGAAUUUCACGACAUCUGGAUAAAUGAGGUGCAGAACUUUCUUUG